AUGGCCUCCGCCCCUCAACUUGUGACCUCGGCGGGUACACCAAAUCCCGCGCUCGAGGCCUUACAGACGUACAAGCAACGAGAUCUCACAAAAGUCGUCGUGCGCUUCAAAGCCGUCGGAAAUGCACCAAUUAUGAAGCAAAACUUUUUCAAGAUUACUGCUUCAAAUCGUUUCCAGGCCGUUGUCCAGUUUCUGCGUAAAGAACUCGGCUGGAAACCGUCAGAUCCACUUUUUACAUACAUCAAUCUGUCAUUCGCACCUUCGCUUGACGAUUCUGUCGCCAAUCUGUACAAGUGCUUCGCAACGGAUGGUCAUCUGAUAGUCAACUACAGCUCGACGGCUGCCUGGGGCUGA